AUGUUUGAGGAGAAAGUAAAAAAACAGAUCAAGUCAAUACAGUUUGGGCUGUUUUCCCCAGAGGAAAUAAGGAAUGGAAGUGUUGCUUUAAUUGUGCAUCCCGAGGUCAUGGAAGGGGGAGUUCCAAAGACUGGAGGAUUGAUAGAUCUGAGGAUGGGAACAACAGAUAGGAUGUAUCUUUGCCAAAGCUGUGGAGGAGAUAACUUCUCGUGUCCAGGUCACUUUGGACAUAUCGAACUUACCAAGCCCAUGUUCCAUGUUGGUUAUAUUUCCAAGAUUAAGAAGGUUUUGGAGUGUGUUUGUUUCUACUGUUCCAAGAUCAAAGUAUCAAAAAGAGGAGUAAGGUCGACGUUGAACAAUGUAUGGAGCAUGAGCAAAAGCAAGUUGGUAUGCGAGGGAGAGAUUCUUGACAAUGGAAAGAGCGGCUGUGGGAACAGACAACCUGUUAUUAAAAAGGAGGGCUUAACUCUUGUUGCUUUCAUGAAGGGAGAAGAAAGCAACGAAGGAAAAGUGAUGCUGAAUGGGGAAAGGGUGUAUAGCAUAUUCAAGAAGAUAAGCGAUGAGGACUGUGUUUAUAUGGGGUUUGACCUAAAGUAUAGCAGGCCCGAGUGGAUGAUACUUACUGUAUUGCUAGUUCCUCCACCGGCAGUAAGGCCUUCGAUUGUGAUGGAGGGCUCAUUGAGAGGGGAGGACGAUCUUACGCACAAGCUUGCAGACAUCAUAAAAUCCAAUGGAUAUUUAAAGAAAUAUGAGCAGGAGGGAGCACCAGGCCACAUUGUUCGGGAUUAUGAACAGCUACUUCAGUUCCAUGUUGCCACAUUGAUAGAUAAUGAGCUUGGAGGACAGCCUCAAGCACUACAGAAGAGUGGAAGGCCACUGAAGUCGCUAUCAGCUAGACUGAAGGGCAAAGAGGGAAGGAUUCGAGGGAAUCUUAUGGGGAAAAGAGUAGACUUUAGUGCAAGGACGGUGAUAACACCUGAUCCAAACAUAUCUCUGGAGGAGGUUGGAGUUCCUCUUGAAGUGGCAAAGAUCCAUACUUUUCCAGAAAGAGUUACAUCAUUCAACAUAGAUAAGCUGGAGAAGCUUGUUCGAGCAGGGCCCAACGAGCAUCCAGGAGCUAACUAUGUUCUUAGGUCUGAUGGACAGAAGAUCGAUCUGAACUUCAAUAGAAGUGACAUAAGGCUAGAAGAGGGGUAUAUUGUGGAAAGACAUAUGCAAUCUGGGGAUGUUGUUCUCUUCAAUAGACAGCCUUCGCUCCAUAAGAUGUCGAUGAUGGCACAUUAUGCUAGGGUGAUGGGGGACAAAACCUUCAGGCUGAAUCUCAGUGUCACAUCUCCUUAUAAUGCAGAUUUUGACGGAGAUGAAAUGAAUCUUCAUAUGCCUCAGAGCUAUACAUCCAAGGCAGAACUAGAGGAGCUGGCUCUUGUAUCUAAGCAAAUUAUUUCUCCUCAAUCCAAUAAGCCUGUUAUGGGCAUUGUGCAGGACACACUUACGGGUCUGAGACUGUUUACUCUUCGGGAUACCUUUCUGAACGAAAGAGAAGUUAUGCUGCUAUUGUAUGCAGUGAAUAUAGAGUUUAGUGACACUGCUCCUGGAGAAACCACUUACAUGGGGGUGAAUAGAACAAAGGACUACGAUAUUAUGAAGGUGCUGAAGAAUCCAGCAAUAGCCAAACCUAUGAAGCUUUGGACGGGAAAGCAGAUUCUAAGCUUUGUACUUCCAAACCUAAACUAUACCGGAUUUUCUUCGGAACACAAUGAAGAUGACAAUGAAAACAUCAAUGACACCAAAGUUAUUAUACAGAAUGGGUAUAUUCACUCUGGAGUUAUUGAUAAAAAGGCAGCAGGAGCAACUCAAGGAGGACUUAUCCACAUAAUAUUCAACGACUUUGGGCCAAAAAGAGCAGCCCAGUUCUUCAAUGGAGUUCAGAAGAUGAUCAAUAUUUUCAUGACCGGAAUCCAUACGUUUUCAAUAGGAAUAGGAGACACCAUUGCAGAUGCCAAAACGGUAAAGAUGGUUGAUGAAGCCAUCCGAAAGGCUAAGGAGGAGGUUUCUAUAAUCAUUGAAAAUGCACGUCAAAAUCGGCUUGAAAGACUUCCUGGAAUGACGAUGAAGGAAAGCUUUGAAAGCCAUUUAAACCUUGUACUGAACAGAGCAAGAGAUGUAAGUGGAACAAGUGCACAAAGAAGCCUCAGCGGAAAUAACAAUAUGAAGACCAUGGUCCUUGCUGGAUCGAAGGGGUCUUUUAUAAACAUAUCACAAGUUACAGCCUGUGUAGGACAGCAGAAUGUUGAAGGAAAACGGAUUCCUUUUGGGUUUUCCCAGAGGACACUUCCACAUUUUGUCAAAGACGACUAUACAGGAAAAAGUCGAGGAUUUGUUGAGAACAGUUAUUUGACAGGUCUUGAUCCCGAGGAGUUUUUUUUCCAUGCAAUGGGAGGAAGAGAGGGUUUGAUAGAUACAGCCAUCAAGACUGCCGAGACAGGAUAUAUCCAAAGAAGACUUGUGAAAGCGCUUGAAGAUGCCAUUGUAAGGCAAGAUGAAAGUGUCAGGAGCGGGAAUGGACUGGUAUACCAAGUAAAAUAUGGAGAAGACGGAUUUGAUGCCACUUUCUUGGAGUCACAGAAGGUCGAUGUAAAAAAUUUUACAAAAAGGUAUUAUAUUGAUAUGUUUGGAAAUGGAGAGUUGGGAAUUAAGCAAGGACAAGUUUCGGAGGAGGUUUACGGAAUUCUUUGCUCUGACGUUGAUCUACAGAAGCUCCUGGAUCAAGAGUAUGAGUGGUUAGUCGAGGAGAUAUUUGAGGGGCCUCCAAUAUCUUCUAUAGGAGAAAUAGACAUAGAGCAUGACUAUCGAGUCAAAGACAUUUACCAAAAUGCUGUGAUGAGCCCUUGCAACCUGACUCGUCUGCUAGCAUCGGCAAAGAGAGAAUUCCAUCUUUCGGCCGGAGAUGUUUCUCCUUAUUACAUACUUGAGGCACAUAAGAACCUUAUGACUUCCAACAAAAUUCUGAAUGUACUCAUAAGAACCAAUUUGAGUGUAAAAAGAAUCCUUCUUGAGCACAAGCUAAAUACGGAGGCAUUCAAUUGGGUAGUGGAAAUGAUACGCGCAAAGAUUCUAAAGGCUAAGAUAACGCCAAACGAAAUGGUGGGGACAUUAGCAGCACAGUCAGUUGGAGAGCCUGCAACACAAAUGACACUGAAUACAUUCCACCUUGCCGGGGUUUCUUCCACUGUGACUAUGGGAGUCCCUAGACUCAAAGAGAUUUUUAAUGUAACAAAGAACUUGAAAACACCAUCCAUGAAGAUAUAUCUUGAUAAGGAGCACUGUAAAACAAUUGAAUUGGCAAAGACAAUCCAGAAUGAGAUAGAGUGCCUUACGGUGAAGGACCUGUGCCUCUCUUCCGAAAUAUAUUAUGACCCAGAAAUAACAAGUACAGAGAUUGCAGAUGACAAGGACUUUGUAGAAGCGUACUUUGAGUUUCCAGACGAUGACGUGGACUUCUCUUCCCUGACACCCUUCUUGAUAAGGCUUGUUGUAGAUCGAGCUAAGCUUGUUGGAAGAGGAAUAAACCUAGAAUAUGUUGCAACAUUUAUCAGCAAGGAGUUGGGGAAUGGAGCCCAUGUGAUCUGCAGUGAUGAGAACGCAGUUGAUAUGGUGAUAAGAAUCCGGAUUGCAAAAUCAGAAGACGAAUCUUUAAACUUCUACAUGGUAGUAUUGAACUCUCUGCUGAAGUUUCAGUUGGGAGGAUAUAAAAACAUUAAGAAGGUUUAUAUUAGUGAGGACAAGAAUCGGAAAGAAUGGUAUCUACAGACUGACGGGAUCUGUCUCCCCCAAAUUCUAGGAAACCCUUCAGUUAACAGCCAGCUUACAACCUCUAAUGAUCUCAUCGAGAUUGCAGAAACCUUAGGAAUAGAGGCAGCGAGAGAAUCUAUCUUAAGAGAGUUGGCCAUAGUAAUAGAUGGAAAUGGGUCUUAUGUCAACUAUCGACACAUGAGUCUUCUAGCUGAUGUGAUGACUAUGAGGGGGUAUCUCUGCGGAAUAACUCGUCACGGUGUCAAUAAGGUUGGGGCUGGUGCGUUGAAAAGAAGCUCGUUUGAAGAAACGGUGGAAAUCCUUUUGGAUGCAGCACUAGUUUCGGAGAAGAACCUAUGUAGAGGGAUAACGGAGAACAUCAUGAUGGGGCAGCUAGCACCCAUGGGGACUGGAAAUGUCGAGAUUAUGCUGGACGUGAAGAAACUGGAUAAAGCCAUUCCAUUAUCUAAUCCAGUGUUCAAGCCUAAUGAGCCUGUAACUCCGGUGAUUAGUACUCCUUCAUCAGAUUCCUUCUCAAUUAGUAGCGGGAACUGGAGCCCAACACAUCUCGAAAUGGCAUAUCCUAGAGACCUAAGUGGAAGGCUAUCUCCCACUAGCCCUUCCUAUUCUCCAACGAGUCCAUCUUACUCCCCUACAAGCCCUUCCUAUUCUCCGACGAGUCCAUCUUACUCCCCUACAAGCCCUUCCUAUUCUCCGACGAGUCCAUCAUAUUCUCCAACGAGUCCAUCUUACUCAGUACUAACACCCAACUUCUCAAACAAAAAUAAGAGUAAGGAUCAAGAUGGCAACAAAAAACGAAGGAAUGAGGAACCUUUCUAA